CCCACCGGGUAGCAAACGCUUCAUUCUCGCGACAGGUAAGAAGGAGGACGUACUUGAAGAUUUACAGUGUGCGAGGAGAAGUAAAGUCGGGAAAUAUUUAUUAUGCCUCCCCUGGAUAAGUGCCCACACGCCAAGCCGUUCAAGCAAAGAAAAAGCUUAGCCACGAGGAUGGAAGAAGUUGCGGGUAUUCGAGCAAAGUUCCCCACCAAAAUUCCGGUUAUCGUAGAGCGGUAUCCGAAGGAGAAGUACCUGCCACUCUUGGAUAAAACCAAGUUUCUGGUUCCGCAGGAGCUUACGAUGACUCAGUUCAUUACCAUCAUCCGAAAUCGCAUGUCCUUGAUGCCAAGUCAAGCAUUUUAUCUCCUUGUGAAUAACACUAGCCUGGCUAGCAUGUCCCAGAUUAUGGCUGAAGUCUAUAGAGAUCACAAAGAUGAAGAUGGUUUCCUCUACAUGACCUAUGCAUCCCAGGAAAUGUUUGGGUCCAUUGUUGCCAAUUUCUUUAAUGAACAUUAACUUUUUAAUUUUCUUUGCUUGUUUUGGUGUCCGUGCAUUGGCAGGUCCAAGGGAUGGAUCGACUUACUGUGUGACUUUUUAUAUGUAAAUUUUGUACCUUUAAAUUUUAUAAUUAAU